AAGAAUCGUGCAUAAAUCUUAAACGACUGUUAAUUCAUAACAGAGGGAGUAAUAUCUAAGUAUUAAAUUUUUUAUCGGGAAGAAAAGUGGUUUAACUAUGUGAAACUUUGUAUGUAUCUGCUUACUCCGCGCAGUACUGUUUUGAAGUUUGUGGAAACUGAAAAGAAUGGCAACGGAAGCGGAGCGCACGAAAAUCGAGGAAGCGGUGGUGGAAAUCAUAAGAAACGGCGACCUGGAAACACUGAGUGAGUUUAGUAUCCGAGUUAUGCUCGCCGAGCGACUCAACAUCGACUUUAGCGGCCUGGAAUCGAAGCUUCUAGUACGUCGAAUCGUGGAGUCUUAUUUGCUUUCGUUACCGGAUGAAACAGAAAACGCGGUGGAGGUCGUCAGAGAACAAUCGAAUAAGGCGCCUCAUUGUAUUAGCUAUAACAUUUGUGAGCUGUCGAACAGGAGGAGCGUGUCAGUUAAGAAAUUUCGAGGAGAUACUUUGGUGUGGUUCAGUGAUUUCUAUGAAAAAGAUGGAAACCAGUUUGAUGGAGGGAUUAGUUUGACAGAAAGCCAGUGGUCUGCAUUUAAACAAGGCAUCUCUGCUAUAGAGGAAGCCAUUCUGAAGAUAAACUCGCAAAAAAGAAAGUGUGAGGUAAAAAAAAAGUGCGAGGCAAUAUCUAAUGAAGUCUCGGCUGUUGCUCCUCAAGGGGAAAUUUCUAUUGAAGGGAAAGAGGCUAAUGUAAAUAAUAAAGUCUCUAUUUUUACUCCUGGAGGAGAAAUUUCUACCAAAAGGGAACAUGCAGAAGCAGGUGAAUCUAAUGCAUCAACUGCCUCUGGUCUUGAAGAACAUAUUCCUUCCAUGCGACACCAGAAGCAUACGGAUCCACCUGAUUCAGUCGCUAAUAUCUCUCCUAAUGGGCAAGGGAAGUAUAAUUCAUCUCCCGCCUUUACUCCUCAAAGAAUCAUUCCAAUUCCAAAUACCCGUCUCAGCGGGAGAAACUAUAGUUGCUGGAUGCGUCAGAUUUCAUUUGUCUUGAAUCAAUUGAAAAUCGCAUAUGUGCUCACUCAGCCGUGUCCAGACACUACCCCGCAUGAUGAGGCAUAUAGUGAAAAAGCUGCCCAAGCCAAAGCUGCUGCAAGAAAGUGGGUUGAUGAUGACUAUCUUUGCCGUUUGACCAUCUUGAACUCCUUGUCUGACCAUCUUUACGAUCAGUAUUCAAAGAGAAUGCUUAGCUCUAAAGAACUGUGGGAAGAGCUCAAGUCAUCUUAUGAUGAAGAUUUUAGAACAAAGAUUUCUCAUGUUAGCAGAUAUAUGCAAUAUCAGAUAGUUGACGGGGCCUCAAUUCUUGAACAAGUCCAAGAAUUUCAUGAAAUUGCAGAUGCUAUAAUUGCUUGUGGAAUGAGGAUUGAUGAAAACUUUCAUGUUGGUGCCAUUGUUUCUAAGCUUCCACCAUCGUGGAAAGAAUGUCGGAUGAAGCUGCUGAAAGAGGAUUGGUUACCGUUAAGCAAGUUAAUGUAUACCUUAAGAGCGGAGGAAAAUUCCCGAAAUCAUCACAGCUCAAAUGAGUCGUCCACGUACUCCAGACCUGGAAAUAAGUGUGUUUCUGAAACAAUGAAGAGAAAAAGGCUAUGCUACAUGUGCGGGAAUGAAGGACACAUGUCUAAGAACUGUGGUCUCCGAAAGUGGGUAGAGUCUAGUAAUGGAAGGAACAAUGCCAAUGUACCUGUAAUUGAUGAAGGGUAACAAGAUACUGAAAAAGUAGAGUAUUUCGAUCACUCGGUGCCAACCUCAAUAGAUACAAUUAUGUCAAGUUUCCCUGUUAAUUUUACAAUAAUUUUUGUAUGUCGUUCGGAAAAAAAAGUUUAAAUGAAAAGUAGGGUGAACAUACUGCAGAUUUUGGACAGUAUUUUAGUCUUUGAACGAGAAGGAUUAGGGUUGCCCUGCGAUUCAGAAUAGAUUAUACCUGAAAAAUUACGGGUAGGAUCAAAAUAAGUUUAUCUUAGUAUAUUGAAGUUCAUACAUAUGAAUUUAAAGUGAAUUUUUACAGAUUA